CACCCAGCAGGUCCUAUCACUGUACUCCAGCUUUACUUCAUGUUUUUAGAGGGAGAACGGAUUAUGAACGCGUUUGGGCAGCAGCCGACGAAUCAGCAGCCCCUUCAGCAUCAUAACGCGCAGGACAUCCUGGACAUGACCGUGUACUGCGACACCAACUUCAGCAUGUACCAACAGAACCUCCACCAUCAUCACUCGCAAAGGCCACCUGCGCACCCAUCCGGCUAUGGACUUGGCGAGUACGCAUCACCCGGAACCAACCCUUACCUGUGGAUGAACGGUCCGGGUAUUGCCUCUUCCCCAUACCUCUCGGGUCCGAACGGAGGGUCCUACAUUCAGUCGGGAUUUGGGUCGAACCAGCGGCAGUUUCUUCCUCCUCCCACGGGAUUUGGAAGCGCGGAUCUCGGGUGGCUCUCCAUUUCAAGCCAGCAAGAACUUUUCAAGAUGGUCAGACCACCUUAUUCCUACUCAGCACUCAUUGCCAUGGCUAUCCAGAACGCACAGGACAAAAAACUGACGCUCAGUCAGAUUUAUCAAUAUGUGGCUGACAAUUUUCCAUUUUACAAGAAAAGCAAAGCUGGGUGGCAAAACUCCAUUAGACACAAUUUGUCAUUGAACGAUUGCUUCAAGAAAGUUGCGAGAGAUGAGGACGACCCUGGAAAAGGAAAUUACUGGACUCUGGACCCCAACUGCGAAAAAAUGUUCGACAAUGGAAACUUCAGAAGGAAGAGAAAGAGAAGAUCUGAUGGAAACAAUGGAAGCGCCAGUCUAUCAGUCAAAACCGAGGACGCGCUCAAAUUGGCGGAUACCGCAAGCCUGAUGAGCCCUUCACCGCAGAGUCUCCAAAACUCUCCAACUUCCAGCGAAUCUAAAUCCUCUCCUUCGCCGUCCGCGGAGCACAGCCCCUGUUUUAACAACUUUAUUGGUAACAUGAACUCAAUAAUGGCAGGAAACAGCAGUGGGAUCAGAAGCAGAGACGUCUCCUCUGGACCUUUAGGGGAUUUUACGCAUGGCAUGUCUGGACAUGAGGUGGCACCUCCAUCAGAACAUAGUCAUCUCAACACCAACAGACUAAACUACUACACUGCAUCCCAUAAUAACAGCGGCUUGAUCAACUCACUCUCCAACCAUUUCAGUGUUAAUAAUCUCAUAUACAACCGGGAGGGAACAGAAGUGUAGAGAUUCUAGAGUUUGUUUAAACUUUUAUGUGCUCUGUGAGCACAUAUGGACAUGAUGUUGUUUCUAUUAACAGUUAAUUUACCAAUGCAACUGCAUUUCUACACACUUUUCUACCAGAGACGCAUGCAGCUUGCGCCUUAUUUCAAUUCAUUUCGCUGUUUUAUUGUAUGGUUUGAGUUUGCAUAGUUUGUCCAUGUAAACAUGCAAACAUGUCCAGACACUAUGCAAUGACAGUUGCUUUCCAGAUUGCUGUUUUUGUAUAAGAAAUGUAGAUAUAUUUUAUUUAAAUGGAAUGUGACUGAUUUGUAA